AUGUCGACAACAUCAACACAAGGCUGGACGCCUAAGACGCUUGGAAACCCUAUUAUUGAGGGAAGGAUGCCUCAAAAUUCAAAAGUCAAGAGGUGGGAUGGUGCGGCAAGGUCUUGCAGUUAUUGGGAUAAUCUGAGAAGAGACCCUGAAUUAUGGUUCCGCGGCGGAAAUUGCUUCGUACAUUUGUACGGUAAAGGGCAAUCCCGCAGGGGACCUGCAUUCAAGGUACCAUUCGGUGCUUUGCUUUCAGCAAACUGCCACCCGUUUGUCAAGAGAUUUAUGGCUCGCGACAUGCCUGAGACGCCAGGUUCAUUCCAUGACCAGUAUGAUGACUUGGAUCGGUGGAAUGCUCUCAACCCAAAUGAGCGAAUCGAGCUCUACAUUCCAGCACCGCCAAUGGCCGACAAGGAACAGGCGUUUUCUUACCAUCUCGCAACAAGAAACUUUUUUGCAUGGAUCUUCCGCCGCUCAGUGGUGGGCGAGCAUCUGGGCACCGCGCUCAUCGGCCUUCUCAACAGCAUGGCAGAGUUCAGAGGCAACGAACAGGACAACGUGUCGGAUCUUACUUCUUACCUAGACGAGGAGGGUUACUACGACAUCAAGGGUCUGCCGCAACACGCACUCGCUAUGCUGCAUUUGGCUGAAGUCUUCCAAUUGAGAGACUUGUACGUCGACGCAUUCAGCCACUGCGUUGGAAUGAGCGAGGAGCUCUUCUACAGCCCCGAAUACCAGCACAUUGGCUCAGUUUCCAAGACCCUGAUUCGAAGGGCCCGGACUGAGAUGAACUCACGGCUCAGCCAGGCUGGUGACAUGCUCAAGAACUUUCUUGAGGAAGAGCUCUCUGAGAAACAUCUUGGUCUCCCAGCAGGCGGACGUGCCCACUUGGACCGAUUCCGGUCCUUCAUCCAAUCAUUUUACACGACAAAGUUCGGCUACUACCCGCCACUAUCGUUUGACACUCGGAGCAGCACCAUAUUCGAUCCUGAGAUCUUUAGCACCAUGUGCAAGGACUUCAAGGCCGUCUACGACUUGCUCGUAGAUGAAGAGUUCACGUCAAUCGAGAGCAGCCCGUUGUUAGCGCAAGGCGGGAUCUGCGCCGUGCAGAGUGUCCAGGAGUUCGAUGACCGGUGUAACUUCAAGUCUCUGAAGCAUCCGCUGCCGUUACUGCCCGAGACGGCUGGGGACAAGGCAUCCCGUCGCAUCUCGCUGCAGUGGUUGGCGAAUACCGCGCGAGGCGACAAACUGAAGCCGGACCAGCGCCUGGUGGCUCACAGUGCCAUGAUCAAGGCGAUGAACAUGCGCGACCCAGCAUUCCUGGAUAAUGAAUUUGUCCGGGCCUACCGGAAGUUCGAAGAAGACUCCGUGUCACCCCUUAUCCGCGUCGACAAGGCCGAGAAGAUUAGUCUCGUCGACGCCCGCAAGGUGCGAUGGAUUCUGAUUUACGCAGUCUACCAAGUGCUUCUUAGCUGUACGCAACCUCCACCAGAAGUUCGCGAUACUGUCGAUGCGGACUAUCAUCUCGCAGUUUCUUCCGAGAAGUUGCCACCGUGGAAGGAGGGACGUCAACUGCAAACCCUCCUGCGCAAGCAGACAGAUAUGGCUGCCGAUACUAGGCGGUUGCAAUCCGUCACUGAUUGGGCAACGGGAUGCCACGGCACACCAACUGUCAUUGUGUCGCCGACUAUUGACAUCCGACCAGACGUCGACUACACCGCCAGAUCUCGCCGUGGCGAAGUAGCUUCCCGUCGACAGUCAUCAUGCGGAGUCCCAGCCGCCGCCGCCCCGGCCCGCUCACGAAGCCGCAGCUUGUCCCGUAACAACCCCUUCCGGCGAUCUCUCAGCAUCUUCCGCAAGCUGGAAGAGCAGUGCGCACCGGCACCCCGCAAGGCAUCUUACUGCGAGAUUGUGGUCCACGGCUACGGCAACGGCACCAACGCCGUCAAGAAAUGGGAGGGUCCUCCCGCCGAGGUCUCGCCCCGGACGUUGGUCGCCCCGCGCUCCUUCUCGACCUCUUCAGAGUCUAGCGGCGCCUCCGAGGCUCCGUCGAUGGGCGGCCACAGUUACGCGACCGUCGACUCCACGGCGCCGCCGACCUCCCCCGACGCGCCGUCCAAGAACUGGCCCAACCAGGAGUCGCCUAUGCUGAGCCCCGUCCCUCUGCGAGGACGUCGGCGCAUGAGAAACGUGCUCUCCUUCGCGGGGACGCCUCCCCGUGCCAGGUCCUCGGAAUGGACGGUCAAUAACCGGCGCCAUAGUGUUAUCGGCGCCGGCGCUGGUAGCUACGCUCACGACUACGAGGAGCUGAUCAAGGAGCAGAAGGAGGACUUUCACCGCCAUGAGCUGGAGCCUCUUCCCUUGCAGAUUCGCAAGUCUUCGGUACCGAUUCAUGAGUCUCCAGUCUUGGGGCAGAUGGAUGUGCAGCCUGUGUGGGAGCAGUUCAAGGACCUGGGCGGCCUCACCAGCUGUUCGCCUUUGAAUAUCUAG